GAGAUUCACACAAUUAGAACAAAUGAAUCUACCAAGCAGUGAGAAUAACGAUGAGAAUAAUAACAGACAAGCUUCAACUACACAACAACUAGCAAGUCAGAAUCAGGAGUCAGGACAACAAUCAAGACAACAGGCAGCAUGCACAGAAGGUGAAUCAAACCCAACUCAAGAUAACUAUCCACCCACCCUGAUAAUUAAUAACUUGUUAAUGAGUAACCCCGAAGUGCAAAGUACGGAGAGGUGGAAUGGAAAAGAGCUG